AUGGCGUCCGAGUCAACCACUGGGGCCGUACUUAACGGCGAAAGACCCUCAAGGUCCAACAAAGUAUGGACUGCCCGUACCACUUACGAUAAGCAAGAUCUUCGGACAGAUCGUCUAGAGGCAUUUCUCACUAUUCCCAUUGGCACCAUCAUCGCUUCGGACCUUGACCCUGAGGACAUCACAGCGGUUCACAAGGCACGCAUUGACACCGAACUUGCGGGUAUCAUUCCUUAUCUUCCUUAA